AUGGCAAGCCCGAGAAUGGGCACUGGUGGUUGUUCGAGGUCAGGUUGGUUCAGAUUUCGCUACGACGAAGAUCAAGAAACUCCAACUGACACAAGAAACGUAUUACUCAUUGUGGUGGCGUUGAUCGCGGCCGUGACAUUUCAAGCUGGGGUGAAUCCUCCAGGCGGUGUUUGGCAAGAUAAUGCAGGUGGUCACAAGGCAGGAAGGGCUAUUUACGCGGAUCAGAAACCGGCGUUUUAUGUGUUCCUGAUAGCAAACACUUUAGCACUUUCAACAGCAAUACUCAUCCUCAUUUCACUAACUUACAAAUUCCCUUUCAACCUUGAAAUAUGGAUCGCAACGUUGUCCAUGUUUGCAACUUAUGCUUCGGCCAUUUUCGCCAUUGCGCCCGAUGAAUCCAUUAGGUUUCGCUACGUGUUGUGUGCUGCUGGAGUGCCUUUCGGGAUUCAGAUGAUGAAGAAGCUUUAUCAGUGGAGCAUGAGAUCCAAGUGA